AUGGCCGACGUAGCCCCCGCUACCGCGCCCCAGAACAUCCCUUCGCACGCCGCCGCUCCCAUGCGGAUCAGGACCGGUACACCACCGCCGCCCGACGAGGCGACGCGGAAAGGAGACCUGGGCCUGGGCGUUUUCUCGCCCGUCAACCAGAAUGGCAGCUUCGAGUUCGACCGCGUGCUCAAGUCGGGAGAGCUGCUGAAGCGCACGAGGAAGACCAAGACCUGGAAGACCGUCUACCUGGUGCUGCGCCCUCACACCCUCUCCAUCUACAAGGACCGCGACGAGACGCGCCUUCGUCACCAACUCUCCCUGAACGAAAUUACCGCCGUCGCACGCCAGCGCGACGCAUCCAAGAAGGCCAAGCACGUCUUCGGGCUUUUCUCCCCCUCGCGAAACUAUCACCUCGCCGCGCUGUCCGAUAAAGAUGCCCAAGACUGGGUGGAGCUCAUCCGGCGCGAGUCGCGCAUCGACGAGGAAGAAGAGGAGAUGAUACUUGCAAGCCCGAACGGAAGCGGGAAAGGCAAGACAUUCGGCAGCCGCAAUCGCAGCUCAGAAAGGAAGAUACGCGAGCAGCUACUGUCGAGCUCGUCAGAGGGCGAAGGCCUCGCGCGACCUCCGAGCUCGAUGCGCCCGGAAGAUCUGCACAGCGCGAGACGCACGUCGCACACUUUCCAAUACUCGGGCAACGAGCAGGCCUCCUUUUCCGACUACUCCGAUACGCCGGUUCCGACUGGAUUUCGCGAGUCCACACUGUCCUUUUCCCAGCCGAAUGACGGCAAUGCUGGCUACGAGAGCUCCCUUAGCGGACGCCCGAGCCUGGGCCGAAAUGUGAGCCAGGUGAGCAACGCUGGUGCCAACCCCGAAACCGGCAGUACGGGCAAGAAACCGGACAACGAACGCGUGGUUUUCCAAGGAUGGCUAUACAUUCUCAAGUCGAAGGGUGGCGUGAGGCAGUGGAAGAAGCUCUGGGGAGUGUUGCGCCCCAAGUCACUCGGCCUGUACAAGAAUGAAGAUGAAUAUUCCGCCAAUCUCAUCAUCCCCUUCUCCAACAUCCUCAACGCUGUCGAAAUUGAUCCCAUGUCCAAGACGAAACGCUUCUGCAUGCAGCUCAUCACUGACCAACGCAACUACCGCUUCUGCGCCCCCAACGAGGAGGACAUGACGCAAUGGCUCGGCGCUUUCAAGAGCCUGCUUGCCAGGCGCAAGGAGGCAGAAAUGGUCCGCCGUGGCGGCGACGCUCAAGCCCCAGCGCCAGUGCCCGGUGGCCCAGUUUCCGGAUCGAGAGUCGUGUCUGGUUCAAGUGCUACCAGCGGCCUGCGGGCCACGUUGCCCGCGCGGUAA